AAGCAUCCCUCAGACGCCAUCAACUCUCACACACUGGCAGAAGCUUUGGGUGGAACCAAGAGUGUAUUGGAAGUCGCUGUGUUUGUUGACGCGUUGAGAGAGAAAGGAUUUUUUUUGCGGGAAUAGCACCACAUCUCAUCAGAAAGAGACCAGCAGAGGAUGAACCCGAAAACCCAGUUCCACAUUGUAUGGAAUGCAUCGACCCUUUCGGCGAACCGUUGCCGAAAAUCAUAAGGAAGAGGCGAGGGUCAAAGUGGGUACGGAUGGACCCCCCACAUUUGGUCUCGCGGGACCACCUUUUCAAGGGCUCGAAAAUCAAACAGGCAUGGGCAAAAGCCUGCAUCCGCAACGGCGCCCCGCUAGCAGUCCCCUCAAAAGGCGGCUCGCUAACAAAAGACCAGAUGAUUGACCGGAACGCUGGACCGCCUUUGACACCGGAGAUGGUCCCACCGCUGGUCUCCCGUUUCAAAACGUGGCUGACCACCAUCAUCGAUGCGUCCGCUUUGCUUGCAUAUGAGCGGCACAAGUAUGGGAUCGUUUAUCAUCACCGUGUAUCCGCUGCGAAGGCUGCGAAUGGGUUUUGUCCUGUACGGGCAAGAGACAUCCACGCCGCCAUCCGCCACCUGUACCCCGAAUAUCUGCCGGCGCUCACUUCUGGCGCGGAUGGCGGCGACGACGCGAUCGCGGAAGAUGAGACUUUUGACACAGAUGAGAUGGAUGGCGAGGAGGAUGAUGGGGCCACGAAAGCAGCAGAAGACGGUGAACCGGAGGAGCAGGAUGAUGCUGAAGAUGAUGAGGAGGAGGGAAUGGAUGUCGAUGAGGAUGGGUAGAGAUGGUCGGCGCAGGGGACCUUGUGACACAUAGUUCGUCUUCCCGGUCUUCUCCGUGUUUUCGCGGCGAGCGGCCCAUCCAUAAGCGGCGAGAGUGUUGGAAAAUGCAUGCGACACGUUCUGGACG